AUGGUCACGAAAACCAUUCUGAUUCUGGCCGGCGUCGAACUCGCGUCGCGGCAGUGCCGUGUUCAAUUUCAACCUGUUGCCGCUACGCCAGCCGGUAACGGGCCAAAAGCGCAGCUCAACACAACCACAGCCCCUUUGAUAUCACAUUUUUUUGUUGUGGGAUCAUAUCGGCCACCACUUGAAUUCACUUUCAAUAUGAUAUUUUUCCGCUCGCGCCGACAUGAUCCGUCCGCGCGGUGGCAGCACAGAUUUGGUCUUAAAGGUGCCGGUGGCUAUGCCGUUCGUGUGAGGAGUGGCGGCGGAGGCCUUCUCCGCCAUUCGCCUCGUUAG